AUCAAAUAAGUGUCAGGAAAAGAAGGAAAUGGACGGACAGAAAGCAAUGGUUUCAGUCACACUAUGGCUAAUCUUUGUUCUGCUGUGUGCUACUCUGGGAAAAUUCAAACUAGCUGCAGCUCUCGUCGACAGAAGAAAGCUUGCGUCCAGUACCUCGGGUUUCAUAAGCAUCGAUUGUGGGGCGGAUCGAGAUUAUUUGGACAAAGAAACUGGAAUAUUUUACAACUCUGACAAAGAUUUCAUAAACACUGGAAAAAACGGGAACGUGUCUCCUGAAUAUGAUUACAAGGAUCCUUAUUUUGGACAUGUAUUCCAAAGUUUAAGAUUCUUUCCUAAAGGAAGAAGGAAUUGCUAUACGUUGAGACCUGAGCAAGGUAAAAAUCAAAAUUAUCUUAUCAGAGCAUUCUUCAGAUAUGGAAAUUAUGACUCCAACAAUGAAGUUCCAAGGUUUGAGUUGUAUCUCGGUGUUAAUCUUUGGACGACAGUGCAACCUUCAAGUCCAAAUUCAGUACGUGAGAUUAUUCAUUUUUCUUUAACUGAUACCAUUAAGAUCUGCCUCGUAAACAUUGGCCAUGGAACACCUUUUAUUUCAGCAUUGGAAUUGAGGCCUCUCAACCCUUCCAUUUAUAGAAUUGAGUCCAAAGACCUAUAUCUAGUGGAACGAUAUGACCUUGGUAAUAAUUCGACCAAUAGAUAUGUCAGGUACAAGGAUGAUGUUUAUGAUCGGUUCUGGCUCCCAUGGACGUUUGUCGAUUGCAUUUCAUUGAACACCACCUCAAAUAUUGACGUCCAGAAUAGCAGCAAUCCCCUUAGAACACCCCUUCAAGUUUUAAGAACUGCAGUCCAACCGAUGAGUCCCCUCUGAUCAUUUAAUCACUCAAUUUUCACUAAUAAUUAUUAUGACUAUGAAUACUAUGCCUGCUUUCACUUUGCAGAAAUAUUACAGAUUUCUCAAGGUCCAAGAGAAUUCACCAUCAAUUUUAAUGGUGAAAACUAUGGACCUUUUACCCUCCAAUACUUGCAGCCACUCAGCAUUUGUACUCGACCUCGUAAAUCAAGAACCAUUGGAUAUGUUUAUUUUUCUAUCGAUCCGACUGUACAGUCUCACCAUCCACCAAUCCUCAACGCCUUGGAGAUUUUCAUUCCGUGGAUGGACCCCGUUUCCCCCACAGACCCAGCAGAUGUUGAUGCUAUAAUGGCCAUCCAGCAAACAUACAAUAUUAAUAAAGAUGAUAGCUGGCAAGGAGACCCAUGUAUGCCUAAAGCUUAUUCUUGGACAGGCUUGAAUUGCAGCUACUACAAUAAUUCUCCUAGGAUCAUCUUUUUGGACCUCAGUGCAAGUACAUUGAAUGGAAGCAUUUCUUCCUCAUUCUCCAAGCUCAAAGCGAUACAGUACUUAGACUUAUCAGGCAAUGAACUUACUGGAACAGUUCCAGAAUUCUUAGCACAACUGCCAAAUUUAACUGUUCUAAAUUUAACCGGAAACAAGCUCACAGGUUCAGUUCCUCGGUCUCUUGUCCAAAAAUCUAACAGUGGUCUAUUGCAGCUGAGCUUGGACGGAAACCCAAAUCUUUGCCACACAGAUUCCUGUGAGAAACAGAAGCGAAAUUUUCCACUUCCAAUAGUUGUAGCAUCCGUUGCAAUACUUACGGUGCUUCUCAGCAGUAUAUUUGUCUUUUGGAGAAUGAAAAGACGAGAAGGUAAUAUUUCAUUUUACACAGGAACAUCACAAUCUAAGAAGGAAGGAUUAGUAAAUUCAAAGAAUCGAUCUUUUACUUAUACAGAUAUUGUCAGUAUUCCUGAUAACUUUGAAACCAUUAUUGGAGAAGGAGGGUUCGGAAAAGUUUACAUGGGGACUCUGAAAGAUAACACUCAAGUUGCUGUCAAAUUGCUCUCUCAAAAUUCAAGGCAAGGCUAUAAGGAAUUUCAAGCUGAGGCACAACUGUUGAUGAUUGUUCAUCACAGAAACUUGGUUUCUCUAAUUGGCUACUGUGAUGACCGUCAUAAUAAGGCUCUGAUUUAUGAAUACAAGGUUAAUGGAAAUUUGCGAGAGCAUUUAUCAGAGACAAGUGGAAGUACUUUGAAUUGGAAUGAAAGACUUCAUAUUGCAGCAGAUGCAGCACACGGACUGGAAUAUCUACAUAACGGUUGCAAGCCACCCAUAAUCCACAGGGAUUUGAAGACUUCCAACAUCUUAUUGAAUGAAAAAUUGGGAGCAAAGAUAUCUGAUUUCGGGCUAUCAAGAGCUUUCACAAAUGAAAGUGGUUCACAUAUAACAACUCGUCCUGCAGGCACACUCGGCUACCUGGAUCCUCAGGCUCAGUCAUCAGGAAACUUUAAUAAGAAAAGCGACAUAUACAGCUUUGGGAUAAUUCUACUUGAGCUGAUAACUGGUCAACCUGCCAUAAGAAGAGACUUCAAUGGAGAAAUUAUUCGAAUACAAGAGUGGGUUACACCAAUAUUUGAGAAUGGCGAUGUCAGAAGCAUAGUUGAUCCCAGGCUACAGGGAGACUUCGAUACCAAUUCUGCCUGGAAAGCUGUGGAAAUAGCUCUGUCCUGUGUACUGAAUACAGCAACUCGAAGGCCAGACAUGACUGAUGUAUUGAUUGAACUGAAGGAAUGUUUGGGUAUGGUAACAGCUGUUGUUGGAUCUCAGAGGAUGGAUAGAGGAAGGACAAGAUCCAUCAAUUCACUUGAAAUGAGGUCUUUGGAAAUCUACACUGAAACGGCUCCUAGUCCAAGGUAGUCUCAUAUCACGUCCCGAUGUCAAUGGUAGGGGUGUGCAUCGGUCGGUUCGGUUCGGUACCGAAUCGAACCGGCCAAAACCGAAUUAACCGAAUUGUUUCAAAAUGUAAACCGAACCGAACCAAAUAAGAUAAAAAACCGAACCGAAUCGA